AUGAACGUCCAGCCGAUGUAUUUUGGGGAAAGUGCUCCUAAACACCUCCGAGGUGCUGUGGCCUUUUCCUCCGCUGUUUUCACUGCUUUUGGGAUUUUCUUGGGUCAGGUUGUGGGACUCACUGAGCUGCUGGGUGCAGAGCCUCUUUGGCCCUACUUGCUAGCUAGUAACGCUUUGCCAGGGUUGAUCCAGCUCCUUACCCUACCCUGGUUCCCUGAAAGCCCCAGAUACCUCCUCAUUGACAGGGGAGACAGGGAAGCAUGUGUGCGGGCGCUGGGAAGGCUUCGAGGUGGGGAGGCUCCUGUGUCAGAGAUGGAGGAGAUGCUUCAGGAGCAAGAGGAGCAGCAGCAAAAGUCUGCAGCCUUAAAUUCAGGAUCUGCAGCUCCUGCCAAGACGCCCUGGUCCCUGUUUAAGGAUUCUGACCUGCAAUCGCAGCUCAGAACAGUCAUGGCUGCCAGUAGUGCCAUGAUGCUCUGCGGCAAUGACUCCAUCUACUUCUACGCUUCUUACAUCUUUCUCGAAGCGGGAAUACCACCAGAGAAAAUCCAGUACGUCACCAUCGGCACAGGAGCAUCUGAGCUAACUGCUUCUAUACUCAGCAAUCUACUGAUUGAACGUGUAGGCCGCAGGUACCUUCUUCUGGGAGGGUACAGUCUGAUGUCUUGCUGGACUGUUGUCUUUACUGUAGCUCUUACCCUCCAGAGUCACAGGGUGGCCGGGAUGGCUUAUCUCAGCAUGGCGUGUGUGUUCGCUUACAUUCUCAGCUUUGGGUUGGGCCCAGCAGGGGUGACGGGGAUCUUACCAGCCGAGAUCUUUGACCAGGCAGCUCGGCCGGCAGCGUACAUGGUGGCUGGCUCUUGUAUGUGGAUAAGCCUGUUUUUGGUGGGAAUGCUGUUCCCCUUCAUCGUCAGAGGCCUGGGGAAUUUCUGCUUUCUGCCAUUCUUGGCUGUGUGUUUGAUGUCAGCUUUGUUUUUGGGGUUCACUCUACCAGAGACUAAAGGGAAGACACUGGCUGAGAUUACUGCAGAGUUUGAUAGAAAGAAUGGUGUGAAGAAGGAGAGGCCAGACAUGCAGGUAGAUGAGCCCGUUCAAGAUAAUUACCAGCUUGGUAAAGCCUGCUCCUUUGCUACACUGAUGCCAGAUCCUGAUCUUGACCAAAAGAAUGAGACUGAAAUUUGA